AUGGAUCUCACAAGUGUGAAAGAAGUUUUUGAAUUUUUGGAUAAAAAUAGUGAUAAAAGGUGUUUCUUGUAUUUUGUGGCUUCUCCCGAUGAGACUGGUGAAAGCUGGUGCCCAGACUGCAGAAAAGCAAAACCAUUUGUGGAAAGUGCAAUUAAGUACUUGCCUGAAGAUGCAGUAUUCAUUACAGUCCAUACCGGAAGUAAACCUGUAUGGAAAGAUCAGGCCAAUGAAUUUAGAAAUGAGCCUAAAUUAAAUGUGAAUAAUGUUCCCACAUUAAUGGAGUUUGGAAAGUCAAAUCGUCUUAUUGAAGAUCAGUUGUUUGAAGUUGAACCAAUUAUCAAGUUCUUAACCCAAUGA